CACAGAGGUAUGUCCAGAAGUAUCUUCGAGGGUCAUUGAACUGGAAGUCAAACGAGGGGUGGGGCGCAAUCAGCACCGCCACAAUUUCCCCACAUUGCAAUUCUAACCUCAUCUUGCAUUGGUUUCAGGCACUUCCUAUCCAACAAGACACUCUUUACAAGGCGUCUCUAUAACCAAUCUCAAUUCUUGAUUUAUCAAAAUGAAGGUUCUUUUGCUCGUGUGUAGCGUAUUAGCAAUGACCCGAACAGCUAAUGCGAGGUACAUCAUGUACUUGACAGGGCAACACAAUAUAGUUCCCGAGUUCUCACUCGUUGAAGACAUUACACACGUAGCUAUAGCGUUCAUGCAAUCCUCAGUCUUCAACCAACAGAGCCCCAAAUCCUGGCCAUUCUUCACUACUGUCGAAGACGUGCGCUCAAGAUUCGCUCCUGGGACAGCUAUUAUGGUCGCCAUCGGAGGCUGGGGAGAUACUGCUGGGUUCUCUGAAGCUGCGAAAUCGGGUGAAAGUAGGAAAUUGUUCGCGAAGAAUGUAAAAGAUAUGGUUGAUGCUACUGGAGCUGAUGGUGUUGAUAUAGAUUGGGAAUAUCCAGGCGGCAGCGGAGAAGAUUACAAAAGUAUCCCCAACCCCGAAAAAGCCUGGGAAAUCGAAGCUUACCCCUCUCUUCUCGCUGAAAUUCGUCAAGCCUUAGGUCCAGACAAACUCAUAUCAGCAGCCGUCCCCGGUAUCCCUCGAGACAUGUUAGCUUUCACUUCCACCACCAUCCCACUCAUUUCAACUUCUGUCGAUUUCCUCAACAUCAUGACCUACGACCUCAUGAACCGACGUGACAACGUCACCAGACACCAUACUGGACUUGCGUUGUCUCUCGCCUCUGUAGACGCAUACCUAGAAGCUGGUCUAGAUCCCCAAAAAGCAAAUUUAGGAUUUGCGUUCUACGUGAAAUGGUUCAAGACAGAUCCUUCUGCUGAUUGCGGAAGUCAUUUACCGAACUGUAAGACGACGUUGAUGGAAGAUCCAGAAACAGGAGCAGAUCUCGGGCAGGCGGGCGCGUUUUCUUGGCAUGAUGAAGUCCCGAACGAAUUGAAAGAGAGUUUUGCAAAAGCUCUGAAGGGUGGAGUUUAUGAUGAAGAAGGAGGAGGACAUUACUUUUGGGAUGAGAAGGAAAAUUUGUUUUGGAGUUGGGAUACACCUAAGGCUAUUUCGUUGAAAUUCCCGGCGAUUGUGGAGGAGAGGGGACUUGGUGGUGUGUUUGCGUGGGGAUUGGGUGAGGAUGGAUUGAAGUGGGGGCAUUUGAAAGCUACAACUGCUGGGUAUCGAGCUUGGAAGGCGAAGCAUAAUUUGCCUUCUUCGGCGGAGUCUGACAGUGAUCUGAAUCACAUUGAGAAAGAUGAAUUAUGAUUUAGAAUCACGAUCUGGGAGUCAACAUUAUGAUUGUGCUUGAAGAAGCGUCUUGAUUAUGAUUAUAAA